AUGGGACGGCUCUCCUGUGGCGGCGGCGUGCAGCCCAAGCUCCGCAAGGGCCUCUGGUCGCCCGAGGAAGACGAGAAGCUGUACAAUCACAUCAUUCGACACGGCGUCGGCUGCUGGAGCUCUGUCCCCAAGCUCGCAGGCAAGCAACACAACAAGCUUACACACUCUCACUGUUGGCUGCAGCGCUGCGGCAAGAGCUGCCGCCUGCGUUGGCUCAACUACCUCCGCCCGGACCUCAAGCGCGGCAGCUUCUCGCAGCAGGAGGAGGACCUCAUCGUCGCGCUCCACGAGAUCCUGGGCAACAGGUGGUCGCAGAUCGCGUCGCACUUGCCGGGGCGGACGGACAACGAGAUCAAGAACUUCUGGAACAGCUGUCUCAAGAAGAAGCUCCGGCAGCGGGGCAUCGACCCGGCCACGCACAAGCCAAUCGCCGCGGGAGCCGCCGCGGAGAAGGGCGCAGCGCUGCCUGACGCUCGGGACCACGACCGUAAGCCCGGAGGAGCCGACACCGACGCCGACGGUCUCGCCCAGAGCAAGCAGCAGCAGCCGGCGGCGGCCGUGUUCGACCCGUUCCCGGUGACCGACUUCGGCUUCGACCUGAGCGUGGCGGCAUUGUACGUCGGCCCGUACGGCGACGACGACGUCGGCGUCGUCGGCAAGGCGUCGCCGGACGCCGGGUUCGUGGCCGACUACAGCAGCGUGCUGGACGUGUCGGAGAACCUGGGCUACGGGGAGAGCUCCAGCAACAGCAGCAACUGGAACUGCGGCGCGGAGAUGAGCAAUGCCGUGCUCGACAGCGAGGUGCUGCACUGGGCCUCCGGCGCUGCCGCCGCCAAGCCGGAGCCCUACACGGAGCUGGAGCAGCAGCAGCACAGUGGAGGCUACGCCGGCGGGGGGCAGGCGGUGGACGACGACGACGACGACGCGCUGGGGCACAAGUUCUUGCAGCCCUGCGGCCAGGAGCAGAGCCUGGCGCAUUUCGACUUCAACUUGGAAUACUUCUGA